GCGGAGCAAGGCAAUUACAUUUAAGAUAAGAAGCAGUAUUUGACGGCGCCCGACGCAGUUGCCUGCCUUGCCUGUUCGCAAGGUGCGCCCCUGAGCGGGUUACAAUAAAUAAUAGCAAAGCGAUGUUCACGGAGAGCAGGGCUGACUGGUUUGUCCAGUUUUGACUUUCAGGUGUUCUGUUGUGUGCAGGUAUUUAUAGUCUUAAAGAGAUAUGCACUUCAGUGCAGACACCGGCUGUAACAGGACGUACGACUCAGAGCUCUCUCAACACACAAAUACACAGAAAGCCAUCAUGACUUCCAAAAUGGUCAUCAGCCAGCCUCAGCCUGUGAUGGACGCCCGGGACUCUGAUGAGUGGGGAUCAGGGAUCUGUGACUGCGUUCAAAAUGUGCCUGAGUGUUGUUGUGCUUUCUGGUGCUGUCCCUGCUUCGCCUGUAAAACAACCAAGAAAUAUGGGCAGUGUCUCUGUCUUCCCCUGUUGGACAUGUUUGGUUUUGUCCCUCCCGUCACCAUGUCCAUGAGGGUCUCCAUGAGGCAGCGCUACGGCAUCAAAGACACCAUGUGUAGGGACUGUCUGUUUGCCACCUUCUGUACACCCUGCAGCUGGUGUCAGAUGUCCAGAGAGAUGAGGAGGAGAAACCUCCAAGUUGUCCUAGUCAGUGCCAAGAACACAUGAGUUCUUUCCUGUCUCCUGACCACCACCAAGGCUGUAACAUGUUCCAUUAACACACAGCCUGCUGCGGCUUUUCUAACACAUCUAAACAUUAUAAAUACACUGUACACUGAAGCCUAUAAAGAGACGAGCCUACAUUGAAAGAAAAUAAACGUUGACUUUAAUUUAAUGUGUUGUGUCAACAGAUUUUGCAUAACUGCAUCAUGUUAGUUUGAAGCAAUAAUAUUACGUUAACUUAAAGAACAUUAGGUUCAACUUAAUAUUAUUGCUUUCAACCAACCUAAUACAGUCAUGUCAAUGACUGAAAAGCAAUAUGUGUUCCUGAAAAACUAAUUUAAUAAAAUUAGCUAAGAUGAUUGAUAACUCCCACAGCAUAAUACGAGCUCUGGCAGCAGGGAAUGAUAAGUUAUUUUUGAAAUGUAUUACACCCCAAUUGUUUUAUAAGUUUUAUGUUUUCUGCCUGAGACGAAAACGCUUACUUUUACUGAAAAAAUUGUAUCUGAUCUUGGUUAAAGGGAACUGUCCGCUGACUUUAAGGCAACUGUUCUUGAAGAGCCUUUAUGAAUUACAUUUUGUUGUACUUUGUUUAAGUUUUGUUUUUAAGCAAAACCCAAGCAUGGGUUUAUCAUCAUGACAGUCGUUUUGUAAACUAGUAUUGUUUUCACAUACUAAUAUUAUAUCUGACAAAGUUACAAUGUAUUAAACAGACUUCAAGCUAUUUAAAUGUAUUUCUAUUAUAUUUGUAUAUAGAAAAUCAGGGUACAGCCAUUCAUUUUAAAUUACAGUAAGCAAGUUUUACUUUGUUUCAUGUUGAGCAAGCAUACUUUAAUAAUAGUUCAGCUAUUAUCAAUAAUAUCAAAUGAAUGCCAUUUUAUGUUGUUGUCUGCAUAUGUAUAUGGCACAUUGUUAAGAGCAGGUCAAAUCACAUGCAUUACCAAGUGUUCACAGAUGGAAAACACACAAAGAGCAUAUUGCAGAGAAAAUGUACAGAAAGCACCUUUAAUUAAAUGUACUUGAAAUACUGAUGUGACACCGUACCUAGCAGCUAGAGGGAGCCACAUUCUUCCCAAUGAGCCAACAUUUUUUAUAGAGGGUUGAGGCCAUGGAUCAGUGGAUCAGAAGCAUGGACCUGACAACCACCUGCACAGGAGAGGGAAAAUAACAAAAAAACCUUACAAUAAAUGAAGCUUUCCUGCG